AUGACACAUCUGAUCCCCCACCACACCUCCUCAACUUCAAUCUCCACUCCCUCAACCACCAGUCUCCAAAACCCCCACCCUCCCAAACACCCCCACAUCUCCCUCUACCACACUCUAGACUCCAACCCCCUACCCCAAAAUCUCCAAACCUCCAGUCACACCCGCCAGCCCAUCCCUUCAAAAUCCUCUAUUGCUCAAAAAUUUAGAACAAUCCGCCCCAUUUCUUCCCAGAAGAAGCUCCACAACAAGACAAAAUUGAAUUUGAAAUAAAGUUAGGCCCAAAACAGCCAAAGCACGAAGGAACCCCAGCGCCAAAAGAACCUCCAAUAACAAAAAACUUCUCGAAGAGACCAGCUACACAAAUAGCUUAUCUAAAAACACUGAUAAGAGGAAAAAGAAGUUAUAGAUAAAUCCAUUUACGAGGCAUUGUACCCAUUUGACUCCAAAACUGGGUGAUUAAAGGAGGGCAACACGAAGUUUUAUCAUAAAAAUAAGAAGAAUAAGACUGGCCUUUACUCGAUUAAUAAGCUAAAUUCUUCUUAUAAAGAGAUCAACUUCUGCUCAAAAGGAUUUAAUCAGAGAAGAGUAGUUCAAAAUUUGUCAAGACCAAGUUCAGUUAGAAGAGAUAGGAAGUAUAAGAUAAGAUCUAAGCUUAGUAAGACGUGCAACCCUGUUCUUAUUUUGGAUAAUGAACCUGAGAAGCUUCCCUUAUCCAUCACCACAAACACCACCAACUUCCCUCCCACCCAAGACACCACCCUCCACCUCCUCACCUGCGCCAAUGACUUCCUCCACCUCCUCCAAUCCUUCAACAGCUACAACUCCAACCAGAUCUGCACUUCCCAACUCCACAAAGAAAUUGGAACUCUCUGAAUGCAAGCCAAGGAAAUUGUGACUGCUUUGAGAAAAUACAUUUAUUGAGUAUUUGAAAUGGUAAAUAUAGAAGAGCUUGAGGAAGAUGGUAUAAGAGAGAAGAAAAAUGAAUAUAAUCAAGUAAAUACUUUAGGACUCCAGAAUCAUCGAUUCCGAAGAAAAGUAGUGCGUUUCGAGGAUGAACAGGAUAUCCUUAAGAAAGAAAAUAAUUAUUUCCAAAAACAAAAUAAAGAUCUGGAGGAUGGAUAUUCGUCUGACAAUGAUUUGGACAUAUCAAGUGAGUUUUCAAGAGAAAUCAGCCAGUAUGUAUUAACUUUAAUCUUAAUUUUGAUCAAUAUAAAAUUCUAUUAAUAACUAUCAUGAGUAGAAAGCACAACAUUUUGAUUGACGACAGAAGAUAGACCACGAUAAAGAAGCAAACAGAAGAUAAUUUGUUAGAGAAUUUCAUUACUAAGAUCUAGUAGAGAAAGUAAAUAUUGUUUUAUUCGGGAUCAAUUAUUAGCUUUGCCUAUUUCCUAAUGUCUGCAUAAUUCCUUACUUGUAAACUUUUCCAAU